CGUAUAAAGGCGCGGCAUCUCUUCCCGGCCAGCACAGUCGAGCCGUGAUCAACACGGCUUGCUAACAACUUCCAAAAGUUUUAGUUUUAUUUGUUACCGGCGAAGACUUUGGUCGUCAAAAUGGCAGACGCAGAAGCCAAAAAGAACCUGCUGUUGUUCUUCGACCGGCCCACGGAGCCCUGCUUCAUGCAGAAGGGCGACGACAAGACAGUCUUCCAGCUGCCCGAGCAUUACUACCCGGACAAAUACAGGGCGUUGAGCACGACGCUGUCUGAUCGCUUCGGGACCGAUGACGCUAGAGUGGUGCCGGUGGCGAACAUCGGGCUGCCAGACCUGAGCGUGCCCAUGCAGCUGCCUUACAAUGAGCAGUUCUCGCUCUUCAUCCAGAAGCACAGGGAGAUGGCUGGCAACCUCAUCGACACCUUCGUUGGUAUGCGCAACGUAGAGGACCUGACGUCACUGUGCACGUACUGCCAGCUCCGCAUCAACCCUUACAUGUUCAACUACUGCUUGUCUGUCGCACUUCUUCACAGAGAUGACACCAAGGGCUUCAACGUACCCACUUUGGUCCAAACCUUCCCAGACAAGUUCAUGGACCCCAAGGUGUUCCGCAAAGCGAGGGAGGUCUCCAAUGUUGUGACCACAGGCAGCAGGAUGCCAGUGGAGAUUCCGACGAACCUAACAGCCUCAGAGCUGGAGCCCGAGCAGCGCGUGGCGUACUUCCGCGAGGACAUCGGCGUCAAUCUGCACCACUGGCACUGGCAUCUGGUGUACCCCUUUGAGACCGACUUCGCCAUCGUCAACAAGGACAGGAGGGGAGAACUCCUGUACUACAUGCACCAGCAGAUCAUUGCCAGAUACACAUCGGAGCGUUUCUGUAACGGUCUGGGCCGCGUGGUGCGGUACACCAACUUCAGGGCCCCCAUCGAAGAGGCUUACUUCCCCAAACUGGACUCCCAAGUCGCCAGCCGCGCUUGGCCACCAAGGUUCGCAGGUUCGAUUCUCCGCGACCUGGACCGGCCCGUGGACCGCAUCAGGAUCGAGGUGUCGGAGCUGGAGAGAUGGAGGGACCGAGUGCUCCAGGCCAUCGAGGAGAAUGCCGUCAUCGUCUCUGGCAACCGCAAAGUGCCUCUCACGGAGGAGACCGGUAUCGACGUGCUGGGCAACCUCAUGGAGUCUUCCAUCCUCAGCCCCAACCGCGGCUACUACGGGGAUCUUCACAACAUGGGCCACGUCAUCUGCUCGUACGCUCACGACCCCGACCAUCGGCACUUGGAGCAAUACGGCGUGAUGGGCGACUCCACCACCGCCAUGCGAGACCCGUUCUUCUACCGCUGGCACGCAUUUGUUGACGACGUCUUCGACCUGCAUAAGACCAAGUUGCCCAAGUACGGGAAUGACAGGCUGGACUUCCCCGGAAUCCGCGUAUCUUCCAUCAGCGUUGAGGGCCCUGCCGGUAGCAACACCUUCGGCACUCAAUGGGAGCAGAGCAUGGUAGACUUGGCCAGGGGACUCGACUUCACCCCGAGAGGAAGUGUGCUGGCUAAGUUCACUCAUCUUCAGCACGACGAGUUCACUUAUGUCAUCGAGGUGAACAAUACCAGUGGCGCUGCCGCCAUGGGCAUGUUCCGCAUCUUCCUGGCGCCGGUCAACGACGAGAGCGGACAGCCUCUCCGCUUCGAGGAGCAGAGGAGACUCUUCAUCGAGCUCGACAAGUUCUCGCAGCCGCUGAACGCCGGCAACAACACCAUCCGCCGCAACAGCGUUGACUCCUCCGUCACCAUCCCAUACGAGCGGACCUUCAUGGACCAGACCGCUCGCCCUGGAGACCCGGGCUCCGCUGCUGCUGCCGAGUUCGACUUCUGUGGCUGUGGGUGGCCGCACCACAUGCUCAUCCCCAAGGGAACACCCCAAGGCUUCCCGAUGGUGCUCUUCGUGAUGGUCUCCAACUGGAAUGAUGACCGCGAACCAACGGCGUUACAAUGA